AUGGCGAACAAGCGCUUGCCUUUCGCCCUGUUCCUCGUCCUUCUGGGCCUGUCGUCCAAUUUGGUGGCCGGGCAAAUCCUGUUCCAGGGCUUCAACUGGGAGUCGUGGAAGCAGAACGGAGGAUGGUACAACUUCCUGAUGGGCAAGGUGGACGACAUCUCCGAGGCCGGCAUCACUCAUGUCUGGCUCCCUCCGGCGUCUCACUCUCUCGCCGAGCAAGGUUACCUGCCAGGACGCCUGUACGAUCUUGACGCGUCCAAGUAUGGCAACGAGGCGCAGCUCAAGUCCCUGAUCGAGGCGUUCCACAACAAGGGCGUCAAGGUCAUCGCGGACAUCGUCAUCAACCACCGCACGGCGGAGCACCAGGACGGCCGCGGCAUCUACUGCCUCUUCGAGGGCGGCACGCCGGACUCCCGCCUCGACUGGGGCCCCCACAUGAUCUGCAGCGACGACAGGGCGUACUCCGACGGGACGGGGAACCCCGACACCGGCGCGGACUUCGGCGGCGCACCGGACAUCGACCACCUGAACCCGCGCGUCCAGCGCGAGCUCAUCGGCUGGCUCAACUGGCUCAAGACGGACAUCGGCUUCGACGCGUGGCGCCUCGACUUCGCCAAGGGCUACUCCGCCGACGUCGCCAAGAUCUACAUCGACAACACCGAGCCCUGCUUCGCCGUCGCCGAGAUAUGGACCUCGCUGGCCUACGGCGGCGACGGCAAGCCUUUCUACGACCAGAACGCGCACCGGCAGGAGCUGGUGAACUGGCUGGACCGUGUGGGAGGGAAGGCCAGCCCGGCCACGACGUUCGACUUCACCACCAAGGGCAUCCUCAACGUCGCCGUCGAUGGCGAGCUGUGGCGGCUGCGCGGCGCCGACGGCAAGGCGCCCGGCUUGAUCGGAUGGUGGCCGGCCAAGGCCGUCACCUUCGUCGACAACCACGACACUGGCUCCACGCAGCACAUGUGGCCAUUCCCCGCCGACAAGGUCAUGCAGGGCUACGCCUACAUCCUCACGCACCCCGGGAACCCAUCCAUCUUCUACGAUCAUUUCUUCGACUGGGGCCUCAAGAACGAGAUCGCGCACCUGGUGUCCAUCAGGGACCGCCACGGGAUCCAGGCGGACAGUCAGCUGCGCAUCAUCGAGGCCGACGCUGACCUCUACCUCGCUGAGAUCGAUGGCAAGGUCAUCGUGAAGAUUGGAUCAAGAUACGAUUGUGAGCAUCUCAUCCCAGAAGGCUUCCAGGUCGUGGCGCACGGAGAUGGCUAUGCCGUCUGGGAGAAAAACUGA